UGGAUACAUUAAAUGAAGGUAAUCCUUCAUGGACUUGAUCCGUUGAGGUGUUUUGGUGGGUGACAGAAAGGAAGCGAUUGAGUCACAGAUCUGGUACUGAUGCUUCCAAAAGACCUUAUGCUUCUUUUCCUCUUCCUCUGGCAAGCCAUUGCUGGGAAGGCAGCACCAUCCCUUAAUGACACUGUAAUUAUAGGCAUGAGGGUGGAGAAUAGUAGCAAGGACGAGACAAUCAUUUUGGAAGAUGGCAUGACCCAAGUGGUGGAAGGAAGCCUGAUUCACAUUCGGAUCUAUGGUAAAGAAAUCCACAAAUUCAGCUGGCGGAGGAUUCGGUUUGUGGAGAUGACUUCCUUGAGUACUUUUAUCAGGAACUUUUCAGUCUGCCCUCAAGGAACAAGCGAUUUAUUGAUACAGCCGUACCUCGGCGAUGUGCAAAAUACUUCCGCCAUACUCUCUGUGAAGGUCCAGAUCCUGCGGAAGAAUAUCCACUUCAAGGACUACAUUAUAUGCCUUCAGGAUCAUCAUGGGAGAUCACGCCAGCUGCUCAGGGAGAGUCACCUGCUGCUCCGAGUGAUAGAGGACAAAAGUUUGCAGCUACCCCUCUGGCUUCAAAUUACUAUAGUAGUUACCCUCUUGGCGCUCUCAGGGCUCUUUAGCGGCCUCACCCUAGGCCUCAUAGCCCUUGACCCUAUGGAAUUGCGCAUUGUGAAAAAUUGUGGCACGCCCAGGGAGAGGAAAUAUGCCACAAAGAUCGAACCCCUCCGAAUAAAGGGGAAUUAUUUGCUCUGUUCUCUGCUGCUGGGUAACGUUUUAGUCAAUUCUUCUCUCACCAUAUUGUUGGACACAGUUAUUGGGGAAAACAUUUGGUCUAUUGUGAUGGCUACUAUUUCCAUCGUCCUCUUCGGGGAGAUCCUUCCACAGGCCAUCACCUCCCGUCAUGGUUUGGCAAUAGGUGCCAACACUGUCUUCAUCACCAGGUUGGUUAUGUUUCUCACAUUCCCGGUUGCUUACCCUAUCAGUAAGCUCUUGGACUACCUCCUUGGGCAAGAAAUGGGCACCGUCUACAACCGAGAGAAACUGAUGGAGAUGCUUCGGUUGACUCAGCCUUAUAACGACUUGUUGAAAGAAGAGCUGAAUAUCAUCGAAGGAGCCCUGGAGUUGAGGACUAAGACGGUGGAAAGUGUCAUGACGCCAUUAAAAGACUGCUUCCUUAUCAGCAGCAAUGCCAUCCUGGACUUUGAUACAAUGACCGAGAUCCUAAAGAGUGGCUACACCCGUAUCCCAAUCUACAAGAAUGAGAAAGGGAACAUUAUUGACAUGUUGUAUGUCAAAGAUCUUGCAUUUGUUGAUCCAGAUGAUUGCACCCCACUCAAGACAAUCACCAAUUUUUACAACCACCCAAUCCAUUAUGUCUCUGACACUACCAGGUUGGAUGCUGUGCUUGAAGAAUUCAAAAAAGUUUGGUAA